AACAAAACAACGCAAGUCAGAUCAAGUUCUGCUUGAGUUCGCGGCAAUUCUUGGUUUAUCGCCAUUCAAAUUCUGUUGAAUGUCAAUAAUUUCUGAUAUAGAUGAGUUGUAAGGCAGUUUUAAGACUUUGUGGUUAGUGGUUUAUUGGAAAACAGGUUAUCAGAGGAAAAAUGGAUAGUAAAGAAGAGGCCACAGCGACCAGCGGGAAUGUGACCUUGGAAAUACCAGCUUCAGUCCCAUCCUAUGUUAUAAUAUCUGAACAAAUUCCUAAAGCCAAUGGUGAAGGAACAGGGCAGCAUGGAGGAAGACGAGAAUAUUUGUGGUCAGAUGAAGCAACAGAGAAACUGGUAAUGAUGGUGAAGGAAAAUUACGCGAAGGUUAUAGGGGGAAGAGAUGCAAGGGAAGAAGUCUUUCGUGAGAUCACCAAAAAACUUGUGGAAUAUAUUCCAGGCAUCACAAUCAGACAAGUUCACAUGAAAUGGAAGAACCUAAAACAGAGAUUCAAGAAAUACGAACUAAAGAAAUCCAAAGAUAGAUACCGUGUCAAAGAACCUCUUUGCUACAAUUUGCUGUGUUCAUUUCUUGAAAGACCGACAGUCCCUACAUAUGAUGUGAUAUGUUGCGAUUUUGAUGAAGAAGAAGAGGAACUUCUGCAGCAGCACCAAAGACACCAGCUCCAGUUACAGCCCCAGAAACAACGAUUGCAGCAACAGCAAGUAGGUAUAAUUCCCACCAUUGAAAUGAUAGAGGAAAUAUCGCCCACAGACAGCUGUACUAGAAUAUCAGAGAAAACCACAGACACCAACAAGAGACGAAAACUGGACAAGCUCACAGCAAGUCAGAGGAGAAUGGAGUCAUUGUUCAGCGAAGUUCUUAGUGAGAUGAAGAAGAACAACUCUGUCAUGGAAAGCUUUUUUACCGACUUCAGGAACAUUAUGAAAAGAAAUGAGGAGCAUCAACUUGAACUAAUCAGAACUCUGAAGGAACGUAAUCAAAUCCUGAAGCAGGCUGUUCAGAAGUGAUAUAAUCAUGUGUAUAUGGACUCAUCUUCAUUCACCAGUGCCAUCUUCAUAGUUCUGUACAGAUAGACAAUAGUUUUGUCUGAAAUAGAAUCUCUCUCUCUCUCUCUCUCUCUCUCUCUCUCUCUCUCUCUCUCUCUCUCUCUCUCUCUCUCUCUCUCUCUCUCUCUCUCUCUCUCUCUCUCUCUCUCUCUCUCUCUUACUGUUAUAUAUUAUUAUAUAUGAGUUAAAUUUUAGUGUACUUGCAGUAUUGUUUCACUUAUUAAACCAGGAUAUUGCUGAAAGAUUCAUUUAUUAGUAUCAGAUUUAAUUAUUAAAAAAUUGAUGCUAGUGGCACACAAAAAUGUUGAUUAACAGAAUUUAAAAAUAUGUUCUUUUGAUACGAAGGUGUCUGGCUCAAAUACUUUGUAAGUGACCGUUUUUUUGUUACUGAUGACAAAGCAAGAAAGAUAUAGGCCAAGGAAAAAUACCCAUAUGCCAGGUAUCAGUAGAUCUAGGCCUUAUUUUUGUCAUAAUUAUGAUUCUUACGACAACAUUCUGAUAAACUCUGUUUAUCAAUCUUUUGAAAGGAAGAUGAAGACAUUCACCUGAAUGGGUAGCUGUUUUGUCUAGUUAUGCACUCUUUUCUUUUCUUUCUUUCUUCAGAAAUUAUCACAAUUUUGGUUCCUCUAAUAAUAUUCAAGUAUAUUAUUUUGUGCCAUUAUGCAAAAUAGUACUUUUUUAGUUAAUCUAUAUGAAAAGACCUGUGAAAAUAGAGAAAUUGUGAAUUAAAAUUUCACAAACUAGUCAUAGGGAAGAACAAUUAUUUACAAAUAUAUGGACAUAGUAUUUUUUUUCUUUUACUACUUUUUCCUAUCAAAAACUGUGAUACAGGAAAUCCAAGGAAAUAAAACAUUUCAAGAACCACUUUAAUACUGUAUUUAUUUCUUAAAAUCCACAGAAUAAAGCAUAAUCAAAAUUAUUGGGCAAUAACUUGUCCAUCUUAGGCUGUGGUUCUCAAACUGCAUGCCAUGGAACUCUCUCUCAAAUGUGCUGUGGAAUAAAUUUAGCUCUGGAAUGUAAAUUUGACAU